AUGGAUGAUCAGCUGAUCUGUGAAAUCCAGGAACUUCUACAUCUUUACCAGAAAUCCUCCACUAAACCUGAAUCUACUCUCCUUCUACAGGAGCAGUCCUACAGGAUGGAAGGUGAUCCACAAGUGUUGGAGGAUGAUCCAGAUCAAAAAGGUGGAGCAGGCGGAGGACAGGUAAUGAGUGAGAGUUCAGCAGCCUCUACUACUACACUGACUGCAGGACCCCUGCCCACAAACUCAAUUAAUCAGUCAGACUCUAAGCUUUACAACAUGAGCAAGAUCAAAGAGCUUUCUAAAGAUUUCAGGGACAAGAUCAUAGACCUGCACAAGGCUGGAAUGGGCUACACAACCAUAAGUAAGACUCUGGAUGAACAACACUGCAUCAAGCUGAAGGACACUCUGAAAUUGAACUACGAGCGUUUACUGAUUGGAAGUUCACAGACAGGUCAUCAGGAGUUUCUGGAAGAUAUCUACACUGAGCUCAUUAUAGUGCAGAAUAAAAGUGGAGGAGUCAUUAAUGAACAUGAAGUGAUGCAAAUAGAGAUGUCUCCCAAUAAAGCUGGCAGUGAGGAAGAGUGUAUAAAAUGCUGUGAUAUUUUUAAAGUCCAGCCGGGUACAGGUCGACGGAACAGAAAAGUGAUGACAAUGGGAAUUGCAGGAGUCGGGAAAACUGUGUCAGUCAACAAAUUCAUACUGGACUGGGCAGAAGGAAAGGAGAACCAGGACAUUCAGUACAUUUUCCCUCUGCCCUUCCGUGAACUGAAUCUGAAGAAAGAGAAGGAGUUCAGUUUGAUUGAACUACUGAAUAACUGCUUUUUUUCCUCAAAGCCUGCACUGAAGUCUCUUCCAGAAGAAGAUGGUAAAGUGCUGUUUAUUUUUGAUGGGCUGGAUGAGUAUCGUUACCCACUGGAAUUUGAAGAUGGAAAGGAAGUAAAAGAUGUGAAUGAGAAGAGUAAAGUAGGUUUACUGAUCACAAAUCUCAUCAACAGAAAUUUGCUUUCCUUUUCUCUAGUCUGGGUAACUUGUCGACCAGCAGCAGCGCAUCUGAUUCCCCAGCAAUACAUCAAUCUGGUGACAGAAGUGCGGGGAUUUAAUGAUGAACAGAAGGAGGAGUACUUCACCAAAUACUGCAAAACAGAGGAUGUAGCAGAGAAAAUAAUUUCACACAUAAAGAAGUUAAAGAGUCUCCACAUCAUGUGUCAAAUCCCAGUCUUCUGCUGGAUCUCUGCCACUGUGCUUCAGCCACUGAUGGAUAAAGAGACUGAGAAGAACAUCCCCACAACCCUGACAGAAAUGUACAUGAGCUUCCUACUGCAGCAGAAAAACCUGAUGAAGGAGAAAUACAGUCAGAAGACUGACACUGACCCUGAGCGCAUCAUUCUGAAGCUCGGUGAACUGGCUUUCUGUAAUCUUGAGAGUGGAGAGCUGAACUUCUAUGAGGACAAUCUUAAGAAAUGUGGGAUUGAUGUUACUGAUGGUACAGUGUUCUCAGGAGUGUGUACACAGAUUUUCAGCCAGCGGAAAGGAAUUUCUAAGAGAAACAUUUUCAGCUUUGUGCAUCUGAGUGUUCAGGAAAGCCUUGCAGCUGUAUAUGUGCAUCACUCACACUGCAAUAAGAAGAAGAAUGUGUUCAAAAACAAAGUUUUGGACAAAGUUUUGUUGAUUAAUAAGAGGAUAACAGAUCUCCAUAAGAGUGCCGUGGACAGAGCUUUGCAGAGUGAAAAUGGACACCUGGACCUUUUCCUCCGCUUCCUCCUCGGCCUCUCAGUGAAGGACAGUCAGGAGGUCCUGACCGAACUUCUGCCAAGCCUGAAGAUCAAAGCAGAGAGCAUUAGCAACACAGCUAACUACAUUAAGGAGAAACUGAAAGAGGAAAUGCAGUCUGACAGAAGCCUGAAUCUCCUCCACUGCCUGAGUGAACUGAAGGACAACUCACUCACUGCUGAAAUCCAGAACUUCCUGAACUCAGGAAAUCUCUCAAAACAGGAACUCUCAUCCACACAGUGGUCAGCUCUGAUCUUUGUGCUGAUGAUGUCAGAGGAGAUUCAGGAGAAGAUUGAACUGAAGAAAUACAGAGCAUCAGAAGAAGGACUGAGGAGAUUACUGCCUGUGGUGAAAAACACACAGAGAGCUCUAUUAGCUUCAUGUAACCUUGGACAAAAGACAUGUGAAAACCUUGGAUCAGUUUUAAAGCUGGAAAACUCCUCCCUGAAAGAGCUGGACCUCAGUAACAAUGACCUGCAGGAUUCAGGAGUGGAGCUGCUCUCUGCUGGACUGAAGAGUUCACACUGUAAACUGCAGAUUGUCAGAUUAGCUUCAUGUAAUCUUGAAGUAAAGAUGUGUGAAAGUCUUGGAUCAGUUUUAAAGCUUCAAAACACCUCCCUUAAAGAACUGGACCUCAGUAACAAUGACCUGCAGGAUUCAGGAGUGGAGCUGCUCUCUGAUGGACUGAAGAGUUCACACUGUAAACUGCAGAUUCUCAGAUUAUCUGGGUGUAUGAUCACAGAAAAAGGCUGUUCUUCUCUGGCUUCAGCCCUGAGUUCAAACCCCUCCCACCUGAAAGAGCUGGAUCUGACCUACAACCACCCAGGAGAGUCAGGAGAGAAGCUGCUUUCUGCCAGACUGGAGGAUCCACAUUGCUCACUGGAGACACUCAGAAUGGAACAUGGAGGGAACAUCAGAAUCAAAUCUGGAUUAAAGAAAUACGGCUGUGAUUUCACGCUGGAUCCAAACACAAUAAGCCGUCAUCUCUCUCUGAGUGAGGAGAACAGGAGGGUGGAGUGGAGGGCGGAGCGGCAGUCAUAUCCUGAUCAUCCAGAGAGGACAAUGAGUGGGGAUAAAUCCAGGAAAACGAGAUCGGUGUUAAAAAGCAUCACGGACCGAGAAACGGAGAAAUUCGACACCUCCACAAGGGAGACAUGGCCGGGAGAUAAUGGCGACAGGGAUAACAAGGGCAGCACGGAGGUAACGCUCGGCUCCAUCCGCCAAGUUGUGAGCGAAGCCAUGAGUGAAUUGAAAGCGGACAUGAGAAAAGAGCUCUCAGAGUUUCGAGCCAGCUUUAGACUCGACCUGAAGGGCUCCUCAGUGCGCCGUUUUGUGGAGGAUUUAAUUAAAGCUGAAUUGGACGGUUCGGAUUCAGAGCUUGGGAUUGAAAGGGCUCAUCGCGUGCUGGCUCCUAAAUCCCCCACCGGUGCUCCACCACGGUCGAUAGUGGUCCGGUUUCUGCAGUUUACAACCAAAGAAAAAGUCCUACAAGCUGCUUGGAAAAAGAAAAUCUCUGUACAAGACUGGAGGGUGUAUUUUGACCAUGAUUAUGCAGAGGAGGUCCAGAGGAGGACAAAGGAGUACACUCCAAUCAAGAAAGUUCUCAAGGAAAACAAAAUCCGCUUUCAAACUUCGCUGUCCAAGCUGCGGGUGCAUUUUGAUUCGGGUACGGUUACAUACAACACCGCCUCAGAAGCAGCUGAGGAUCUGGCCAGGAAAGGAGUGCCUGUGGGAUCCAUCCGGGUGCAGAAAGGAGCUGACCUCACGGAGGAGUUUUUGGCUAGGCUCCUUCCCUGGAAUAUAGCCGGAGGAUUCCGAGAGGGGAGCAAAUCGAAAUUCCAAGAGUCAAUAAGGAAGAAGAAGCUCCGUGGCUUUCAAAGGAUGGGUCAAGAGGAUGAGACAGAGGAGGAUUAA